AUGGUCCCAGAUACGAAGGGGGCUCGAGUCUGGGUCCGAGAGAAGGAGCAGCUUGUCCCUGCCACUGUCAACUCCUGUGGAGAUGGAACCCUUGUUGUCACAAUUGACUAUGGAGAGCAUGUACCUCCACCUCUCCAGGCUCACCUCAACCUGCUCCUCAUUCCUAUGAGUUCUUACAUCUGCAAACAGCAUAGGGGCUCGAGUCUGGUCCGAGAGAAGGAGCAGCUUGUCCCUGCCACUGUCAACUCCUGUGGAGAUGGAACCCUUGUUGUCACAAUUGACUAUGGAGAGGUGUUGUACUUGCAGCAGUCCGAGGUUACCAGGGAGCGGGUGUAUGCUAUGCAUCAGACCAGCAUCGAUGGGGUGGAGGACAUGUCAACACUGGCAGAACUGCACGAGGCUGCCAUCAUGCACAACCUGCACCAGCGCUACCAAAAAGACAACAUCUAUACUAACAUUGGCAGCAUUCUGGCAGCUGUGAACCCCUACAAGCAGAUCCCAGGUCUCUAUGAUCUUGGGAGAGUGGACCUGUACUCUAAACACCAUUUAGGUGAACUCCCUCCACACAUUUUUGCUGUGGCCAAUGAGUGCUACCGAUGUAUCUGGAAACGCCACGACAGCCAGUGUGUCCUCAUCAGCGGUGAGUCCGGGGCGGGGAAGACCGAGAGCACAAAACUGUUACUGCAGUUCCUCUCCCUGAUGAGCCAGAACUCAGUCGGAACUCCUCCGUCAGAGAGAAGCACUCGAGUGGAGCAGGCCAUUGUACAGAGCAGUCCGAUCAUGGAGGCGUUUGGAAAUGCAAAGACUGUGUACAACAACAACUCCAGUCGCUUUGGGAAAUUCAUCCAGCUUCACUUCUCUGAGAGCGGAAACAUCCAGGGAGGCUGUGUGAUUGACUGCCAGUACUACCUGGAGGACUCUCCUGAAUCAUUCCACUACCUCAGCCAAUCGGGAUGUAUGAAGGACAAGAGCCUGAAUGACAAAGAACUGUUUAACAGCGUUAUGGAGGCGCUGAAGGUGUUAGAGUUUACUGAGGAGGAGAUCAGAGACAUGUUUAAGCUGCUGUCAGGAGUCUUACAGUUGGGCAAUAUCGAGUUUAUGACUGCAGGAGGAGCCCAGAUCACCACCAAUCAAGUGGUCACUGAUGCCAGCGAGCUGUUAGGGCUGGAUGCCUUCCAGCUGUCUGAAGUCCUGACUCAGCGCUCCAUUAUCCUCAGAGGAGAGGAGAUCUGUUCUCCGCUCACCAUUGAGCAGGCCGUGGAUUCCCGUGAUUCUGUUGCCAUGGCAUUGUAUUCCCAGUGUUUCUCCUGGAUUAUCCUCAAGAUCAAUCAGAAGAUCAAACGGCAGGAAAAUUUCAAAUCCAUUGGAAUCCUUGACAUCUUUGGUUUUGAGAACUUUGAGGUCCGAACUGUGAAUCGGUUUGAACAGUUUAAUAUCAAUUAUGCGAAUGAGAAACUGCAGGAGUACUUCAACAAGCAUAUCUUUUCUCUGGAGCAGCUCGAGUACAACAGGGAAGGUGUUCAGUGGGACGCCAUAGACUGGAUGGACAAUGCAGAGUGUCUUGAUCUCAUAGAAAAGGAGCUGGUUGUUCUGUUUGGCUGGGAUCCAGAAACUGGGCUUGUGGCUCUAGUCAAUGAAGAAAGCCGUUUCCCCAAAGGAACAGACUAUACUCUGCUGGAGAAGCUCCACAGCAGACACUCGACAAACCUGUACUAUGUCAAGCUCAGACUUGCUGACCAUCAGUUUGGGAUCAAACAUUAUGCUGGGGAGGUCCUAUAUGACGUUCGAGGAAUUCUGGAAAAAAACAGAGACACUUUUAGAGAUGACAUCCUCAAUAUGCUGAAAGAGAGCAGACUGGAUUUCAUCUACGAUUUGUUUGAGAAGGUUGGCAGCAGGAAUAACGAAGAGAGGAUGGGCACAGCCAGACGCAAACCCACCGUCAGCUCACAGUUCAGGGACUCCCUUCACGCUCUCAUGGCCACCCUGAGUGUAUCCAAUCCCUUCUUCAUCCGCUGCAUUAAGCCCAACAUGGAAAAGAAUCCAAAUAUUUUCGACCCAGAGGUCGUCCUGAAUCAGCUCAGGUAUUCUGGGAUGUUGGAGACGGUCAAGAUCCGUCGUGCUGGAUUCCCUGUCCGCAGAACAUUCAAAGACUUCUUCUCUCGGUAUAAGAUUAUUCUGAAGGACAAAGCUCCCCUGGCAGGAGAUGAUAAAAAGAAGACCACUGACCUUCUAAUCAAAUAUGACAAGACCAAGAAAGAGUGGCAGUUGGGCAAAACAAAGGUGUUUAUGAAAGAGUCACUGGAGCAGCGUUUAGAGAAAGACAGAGAUGAAGUUAGACGUCAAGCUGCAUUGAUCAUCCGAGCUCACCUACUUACUUUCUCUGCCAAGAAGCACUUCAGGCGUGUCCGCAGCAGCGUCAUCACCCUCCAGAAGCACUUACGUAAGUGCAUUCAGCGAAAGCGCUUCAUAAAGAAACGUGAAUCGGUGCUUGUUCUGCAGAGACACCGCCGAGGUCAGGUGGCACGUGCACAUGUUCGACAACUCCUAGAGGAGAAGAAGAAGAGGGAGGAAGAGCAGAGGAAGAAGGAGGAAGAAGAGAAGAAAUCGGUGGGUGAAUUAAACAAGGAGCGUGAAGCUGCAGCACAGAGAAAGUCCAAAUCCUCAGAGGAUGAGGCGCGUCAGAUGGAGGAGAUACUGCAGUUGGAGCGAGAGAUCGAGCGCUUGCAGAAGAAGAGAGAGGACGGUGUGUCACAGCUGUGUGAGUCUUCCAAACAGGAGCUGCAGCUUCGGAGGGAUGCUGAGCUCAAACGGAUGAAGAAGGAGGCCUCCCGUAAAGCCGCGGGGCUCAUCGACCUGCUCAACUUUGGAGGUGUGGAUCCUGCGCUGGCAGCAGCAGGAGCAAAAGCUGCUGUGGAGGCAAAAGCACCGAAACGAGCAAGCGCCACUUCAGGUGCAGCCAAAGAAGAGGAGGUCGAUGAGGGCUUCCAUGCAGAGGAGGAGUGCAUCCCUCUGCCUGACUUCCCUCCUCCUGCUGAGACAGACGCACCCGUGGACCAAGACAUAUUUGCUCACCUCCCCCCUCCACCGCCUGCUUUUGCAGAGGGAACUGUGCCUCCUGCACCACCCCCUCCACCUCCACUGCCCGCAGAUGGCUUGCCUCUUCCUGGGAUCCCUCCCCCUCCUCCUCUGCCUCCACCAGGAGAUGGUGCCACGCCCUCUCCACCGCCUCCUCCACCUCUCCCUGGAGAAACAGAGAAAAAGCAUGGAGCUGAAGCAGAGCUGGGGAGGAAGGUGAGCAUGGUAGAGAGUUUGGGGGACGGGGAGGAGCCAAUCUACAGCAUGCCAGCCGACACAGAAUCCGACUAUGACCAGGAGGAGGAGGAGGGAUCCGUCACCGCUGGAGACGACAGCUCUGUAUCCGGGAGCAACCGCGGGAGUACCACAGUGGCAGACGAGGAGCACCCGAGGAAGUCGACCUGCACCAACGCCAGCAUUGAGACCUACAGAGGGAGCUCUGACUCUUAUGCAGACAGCGACGAUGAGCAUGACGGCAUGAUGGACACUGAUGAGGAGGUGACAAACGGCCGAGUGACUUUACUGAACGGAAACGCACCGCCGUACUUCCACAGUUACCUCUACAUGAAGGCUGGUCUGAUGAUCCCGUGGAGGAGGCGCUGGUGUGUUCUGAAGGAUGAAACUUUCAUGUGGUUCCGCUCGAAACAAGAGUCUCUCAAGUCUGGUUGGCUGUAUAAGAAAGGAGGAGGACUCUCAACUCUCUCACGCAGAAACUGGAAGAUGCGCUGGUUUGUGCUGAGGGACAACAAGUUGAUGUACUAUGACAAUGACAGUGAGGAGAAGCUGAAGGGAACCAUCGACAUCCGAGCCGCCAAAGAGAUCGUGGAUAAUCACGAGAAGGAGAACGCUCUGAACAUUGUGACAGACGAGAGGACCUACCAGGUGUUUGCCGAGUCACCAGAGGAUGCAAGCGGGUGGUUUAAUGUGCUCAGUAAGGUGCGCGUGUGCACUCCUGAGCAGUUGCUGGACAUGUCCCAUGAGCAGGCCAACCCAAAGAACGCCGUGGGAACUCUUGAUGUGGGGCUGAUCGAUUCUGUGUGUGCAUCCGACAAUCCUGAUCGGCCUAAUUCCUUUGUCAUCAUUACGGCAAACCGAGUGAUCCACUGCAACAGUGACAUGCCAGAGGAGAUGCAUCACUGGAUUAGUUUGCUUCAGAAACCCAAAGGAGAUGCCAGGAUAGACGGACAGGAGUUUCUAGUCAGAGGCUGGCUCCAAAAGGAGAUGAAGAUGAACACAAAAAGCACCUCCCUAAAGCUGAAGAAGCGGUGGUUCGUUCUGACCCACAAUUCCUUGGAUUACUACAAGAGCUCAGAGCGUAAUUCCUCCAAGAUGGGAACUCUGGUCCUUAACUCCCUUUGCUCUGUCAUUCAGCCGGAUGAACGAGUCCACAGAGAGACAGGUUACUGGAACAUCAUAGUAUAUGGAAGGAAACACUCAUACCGCCUCUACACUAAGAUGCUGAAUGAGGCCAUGAGGUGGGCAGCAGCCAUACAGGGGGUCAUAGACAGCAAGACUCCCAUUGAAACUCCAACUCUGCAGCUCAUCAGAGAUAUCAAGGAGAACAGCGUGAACCCAGAAAUAGUGGAACAAAUGUACAGGAGGAACCCCAUCCUCAGAUACACUCAGCAUCCGCUGCAUGCCCCUCUGUUGCCGCUGCCUUAUGGAGAAGUCACCAGCCUACAAAGACAGCAGGGUUAUGCAAGUCUGCAGGAUGAGGCAGUGCGAGUGUUUAACUCUAUGCAAGAGAUGGAGACACUCGCGGACACGGUGCCCAUCAUUCAGGGCAUCCUGCAGACCUGCCAGGACCUGCGCCCUCUCAGGGAUGAGGUGUACUGUCAAGUGAUCAAGCAAACCAAUCUCGUGCCUCAGCCUAACAGCCCAGCCAAUCGGGCACACUGGCACCUGCUCACCUGCAUGAGCUGCACCUUUUUACCCGGUCGAGCUAUUCUCAGAUACCUCCGCUUCCACCUUAAGAGGGUACGUGAGCGCUAUCCUGGCACAGAGAUCGAACGCUAUGCCAGCUUCAUUGGGGAAUCCCUGAAGAAAACCAAGACUCGUGAGUUUGUUCCCUCUCAGGAGGAGAUUGCAGCCUUGCUGGUGAGACAGGAGAUGAGCACCACUGUCUACUGCCACGGAGGAGGAUCCUGCAAGAUCUCCAUCAACUCGCACACCUCAGCCGGAGAGGUUGUGGAGAAGCUGAUCAGAGGUCUGGCAAUGGAAGAGAGCAAGAACCUGUUCUCGCUGUUUGAACACAACACCUUCACAGACCGAGCGCUGGAGAGCAGAGUGAUCGUAGCAGAUGUUCUGGCCAAAUUUGAAAGAUUGACGGGCAGUGAAGAAGAGGAAGAAGAGGGUGAAUGGAAGCUCUACUUCAAACUCUACUGCUUCUUGGAUGUUGAGAGCAUGCCCAAAGAAGGAGUGGAAUUUGCCUUCAUGUUUGAACAGGCUCAUGAGUCUUUGAUAAGCGGCCACUUCCCAGCAUCAGAGGAGACUUUACAGCAUCUAGCCGCAUUACGUCUGCAGUAUCUCCAUGGUGAUGGUGCAGGUCGGGCUGGAUGGAACUUGGGUACCGUUUAUCCAAUCGGGCGUCUCCGCAAUCGGAUCCUCCACUCCACCAAGCAGGGCUCGGGGACUGUGGGUGGAGCAGCAGGGGGUGGGAGCGGAGGAGCAGGAGAUGUGAAGAGCAUGGUGGGAGGGCAGGUCGGGGUCGGGACAGAGAAAAGAAAGACGCCCAGCUUCUUGGACGGCACCUUGAGGAGAAGCUUCAAAACUGGAUCACUCAAGAAACAGAAGGUGGAGGAGGAGCAGAUGCUGGAGAUGUGGGUGAAGGAGGAGACGUCUGCCACAAGGACCAGCGUUCUGGAGAAGUGGACUCGUCUGCAGGGAGUGCCCCAGCACCAGGCCAUGCUUAAAUACAUGAGCAUCAUUAAGGAGUGGCCGGGAUAUGGAUCUACACUGUUUGAUGUUGAGUGUAAAGAAGGUGGUUUCCCUCAUGAUCUCUGGCUGGGUGUGAGCGCUGACAACGUGUCUGUGUACAAGCGAGGAGAGCCUAAACCACUGGAGACCUUCCAAUAUGAACACAUCACCUUCUUUGGGGCUUCACAGCCGUGCACCUACAAGAUCAUUGUGGAUGAAAGGGAGAUGUUCUUCGAGACUCCAUUGGUUGGGGAGAUCACCAAGAUCAUGAGGGCCUACAUUAACAUGAUGGUGAAGAAACGUUGCAGCAUCAUGUCUGUGAGCAGUGUCGGCAGUUCCUGGGUCAGGUGUGGCAGUGGGCACCACCAGUCAUCAGUGCUUUACGUGGCAUCAUCCCUUGUGGAUAACUACUUCAGAUGA